AUGGCUCCAGCUCCCAUUGUUCCCGACAUUGUUGAUUAUGUCGAGCCCAAGAAGGACAACCUGGGCCUUCCAGAGCCAACAGCCAUCCGUCUCAAGAAGGCAGGCAUUGACCUGAGCAACGGCUACCCAUACAGACCCUCGAGGCCUCUCUUCCUCGACGAUGUCUACAAGAUCCGCAAUGUCGAACGGCCCUACGUCGACCCGGGUUCGAGGGCCGACAAGGAGAAGAAGGCCCUGCUCUCGGCAGCCACCAAAGUGACUGACCUCACGACGCACAUCGGCACCGAGAUCGAGGGCCUGCAGCUCAAGGACCUCACGGACCAGCAAAAGGACGAGCUGGCCCUGCUUGUUGCUGAGCGCAGUGUUGUUUUCUUCCGCGACCAAGAUCUGUCUCCUCAGCAGCAGAAGUCGCUGGGAGAAUGGUUUGGCGAGGUCGAGGUUCAUCCCCAAGUGCCUCAAGUACCAGGACUUCCCGGCGUCAGCAUUAUCUGGCCCGACCUGAUGGCAACCGAGCGUCAGACAGGCUUCCGCAAGCCUGGCGGCGCGUCUCGCUGGCACAGCGACCUUGUCCAUGAGCUGCACCCGGCCGGAUACACCCACCUACACAACGACACGAUUCCCCCCACGGGCGGUGAUACUCUCUGGGCGAGCGGCUACUCUGCUUACGAGAAGCUGUCUCCAGACUUCCGCAAGAUCAUUGACGGCAAGCUGGGUGUAUUCCGUUCAGCUCACCCCUACCUCGACCGUGAUCACCCUGAGGAGGGACCAAAGUAUAUCGAGAGGAUCCACCCCAUCGUCCGCACCCAUCCCGCCACGGGCUGGAAGUCCCUCUUUGUCAACCGGGCCAUGUGCCACCGGAUCGUAGGCCUCGACAAGCCAGAGAGCGAUGUCAUCCUGAACUACCUGUGUGAUGUGUACGAGUCGAACCCCGACAUCCAGGUCCGCUUCAAGUGGACGCAGGGCACGAGCGCCAUCUGGGACAACAGAAUUACCAACCACAACGCCAGCUGGGACUAUGGUGGCCGACACCCUCGUCAUGGCACUCGGGUCACUUCCCUGUGUGAGAAGCCCUACUUUGACCCGAGCUCGCCCACUCGGCGUCAGGCCUUGGGGCUGCUGGGUGAGGAUGAGAAGGAGGUCGAUGGUCCUGCUUAG